AUGUAUGGCGUUUAUCGAAUUUUGUUGGCUUUAGCAGCAAUUCAGGGGCUCGAUGACAAUAUGUCGAAUUUAACUUCGGCGGCCAUAUCGAAUGAAGCAAGCAUAUCAUCGAGCAACAACAACAUGAACGAGAUGGCAAACAGUGCUGCUGCUGCUGCUAUUAACGUUUAUCCACACCAAAAUCUUCACUCUUUUGCAUCACCAAUUAUUAGUAAUACUAAUAAUAAUAACAAUCAGCUUCCCCAACCUGCCGUUCCCACUAAGAAGAGGCGAAAUCUCCCCGGCCAUCCUGACCCGGAUGCUGAGGUGGUGGCGUUAACCCCGAGAUCCCUAAUGGCGACCAAUAGGUUCGUAUGCGAAAUAUGCAACAAAGGUUUCCAGAGGGACCAAAACCUGCAAUUACACAGAAGAGGUCACAACCUGCCCUGGAAGCUGAAGCAGAGAAACAAACUGGAGGUGGUGAAGAAGAAAGUGUACGUGUGCCCGGAGCCGAGCUGCGUCCACCACGAGCCCGCCCGGGCGCUGGGGGACCUCACCGGGAUCAAAAAGCACUACUCGAGGAAACAUGGGGAGAAAAAGUGGAAAUGCGAUAAGUGCUCGAAGCGAUACGCGGUGCAGUCCGACUGGAAGGCCCAUUCCAAGAUCUGCGGCACCCGCGAGUACAGAUGUGAUUGCGGUACUCUCUUCUCCAGGCGGGACAGCUUUAUCACCCACAGGGCCUUCUGCGAUGCUCUGGCGCAAGAGAGCUCCAAAUCAAUCCCCCAACCAAACCCACUUUUCUUGCCCAUCCAAACACCCCCUAACAACAACAACAACAACAACACCCAAUUUCCCCACCAAAUCCACACCUUAAACUUCAAUAAUAAUAAUACUACUUUAUUCCCCCAUCAUCACCACCACCACCAGCUCAAGCAAGAAAACCUGAUCAGCCUGCCCACGUGGCUUUCCUCCCCCAACGACUCUCCGAGGGCAGAACCGUCAUUCCACCACAGCGCACCAAACACUAGCAUUGCUCCUUCGCUCAUGUCCGCAACCGCACUGCUUCAGAAGGCGGCCCAGAUGGGGGUCACGAUGAGCGGCGGUGGCGGCAAGGCCGCCGCUCCGAUGGAGGGUGGUGGUACAGCUGGCUUGGGAAGAUUCGUCCACGUCGGCCCGAGCGGCUGCAUGCAGCAGCAGAUUCAUAAUGCGGAAAUGGUGAGUUCGUCACUACCGUCGACCGGGUUUGGGGGGUCGGGUUUGGGCUUUGAGGACGGGUUUAGCGAGAUAUUGGAUGCGGAGAGGAGGAGUGCUAUGAGCGGUUUUCGUGAAAAUGCGAUACGUUUGAUCAUGGGUUUGGGGAAGGAAGCCACAGCUGGCGGCACCGGCGCCGGUGGUAGUGGUGGGUCCGGUGGAGGAGCGGCCGGAGAUGGGCUGACGAGGGAUUUUCUCGGGCUGAGGGGGUAUCCGGAUGAUAGGGAUUUUCUGAACAUGGCUGGGCUUGAGCAAAUGGGACCUGCUGGGCCGUACGAUCAACAUCAUCAACUCGCGAGACUUCCGCGCCGCGGCAUCUGGUACCAAUCCCCCCAAGAACAGCUCGCGAGACUUCCGCGCCGCGCCAACAUCCCACGCUUCACGCCGCGCUUGCACCACGUGACGGACAAAGGAGUUCCCAAGGUCCCAGCCUCGCACCGCGGCACACAGCACGCCGCGGCGUCUGCCACUUCUCGUGCCCAGCGUCCCCGCGCGAUGGUCCCACGCAGCGAAGGAAAGCCCUGCCGCGUCCGCGAUGAUGCCCCGCGCCGCGAAGGAAGACCCUGCAGCGCCCAUGCUUCUGCCCCGCGCCGCGAAGCAUCCUCCUGCCGCGCCGCGACACCUGCCACACACCUCUCCCAGCGCAGCUCUCGCGUGACCCCCGUGCCGUGA